GAAAUGGCGCCAGGUGCAAAUUAAUCAAUGUUAUGUGUUUUCUAGCAUAUGGAGAAAAUUAUCUAGAUAACAUAGUCAUAGUGUCAAGAUUUAGCCUCUGGUCACAAAUCUAGGUAUCUUUAUCUAAUUCAACGAUUGUUACAAAAAGUUUUCUCAAAUGGCUUCUUCUAACAGUAACAAUAAAAAAUGGACUAAUCCUAAUGAUGUUAUGAAAAUUCAUCGCAUAAAAUUAAAACGCCACAGUUCUGUAGCACUAUCACGGUCAAAUUCAGCUUCGGAAAUAAGAGUUCUUCGACGAAAUUCACUUUCCGAUAUUUCAAUAAAAAAUGUGAAUAGUCCAGAUCGUCUGUGUUCCUCUAAGAGUGACUGUACUUUAACUCAAAAUGGUCAAAAACGUAAAAACCCUUUCAGUUGUGGUGCUUCUUCCAGUAAAAGAAGACCAUUUCUGGAUUCUGAAUCUGCUAUGACAAUUUUGAAUUCUGAAGUAAAAGACAGUAACAACACAUCACUGACAUCAGUCAAAAUAGAUCUAGACCUAGAUCUAGUUAAUGAGGUAGAAUCCAACAAGCUUCUUCAUGUUCUUCAUCAUGAAAGUGAAAUACUUGAAAAAACUUUUCAAGUGGGCAAACAAUGUGAUCCUCCUGCAGAAAUACCAGCAGCAGUUCAAGCCAUGGAAACCAAAUCUUCUGAUACUGCAGAACAGCAACAUACAACAACCUAUGUGGAUAUAAUAAAGCCCCAAGACAAAUGUGUUGAAGCUAUCUCGUGUCCACCUGUGGACUGGAGUCUGAAAACAAAACUGCGUAUAGUAGCUCAAUGUAUUACUAACAAGUUUGACAAAGUUCCAGGCAUGGAGGCAAGGAAUGUAGAGAGCUUUAUCCAUCACAGAUUGGCGGAGUCUCCAGACUGGAAAGAGCUAGACAUUUAUCAGAAGCUCAAACGAUGCUGUAUGCAUUUUAGUUAUCCUCAGAUGCCAUGGAUUUCAACAUUCCCACGUAUAUCAUCAGAUUAUAAGACAAGAUCCCCUUCUAUUUUGUCAGCAAGUGAAGAUGUAAUUAGAACCUUACACAAAGACUGGGUUAAUGCUUUCACAUCAGUUUACCAACAAUUACGUAGUGGCAUCUGUCCAUAUUUUUACACAUGUACACACCAGUUUAAUGUGCUGUUCAGGUGUUUGCGUACACCUGAUGGAGCUUCCAUUUCUGCUCUGUUGUCACCAUCAACACGAGGAUUAAGAGAAAUGCUCAGAAAAGAAGGAGUUGAGUUUAGAAUGCCCAACUUAAGAGAGCAAAAAUCAAAUACAUCAAGGGAAGAAAAUGAGACCAUGUCACAAGAUAAACUGGAUUUUUCUCUGAACAAUCCUUCAGACACAUUAGAUAUAAAAUCGGAUGUUCAAGAUAAAGAGAAUGUUAGCUGCCAAGAAAAAAACGUUGAUAGUGACGAUGACAUCAAUGAUGAUGAAGGAGCUUCUCGCUGGCUUGAAGGGAUGGGCUUAGACAAAAAAGAUUUUCCAUCACUUGAACCUGUUAAAGUUAAAAUUCAGCGUGAAGGUUAUCGUGAAAUCGACAACCGACCACAGUCAAUGGUAUAUGUGGAGGGUGCUGACGUACAUACAUUCUUUAACUUUUUGCUGAACUACUCUUCAAGUAUUGCACAAAGUGGUCCUCAACAUGGCAUCCCACCUACCAUAUUAUCUCCUGUAGUGUUUGUUGGGGCCACACUGGUUCAGAACUCGUUUAAACAUUCUCUUGUACGCUCUGACACCUCUGGAUCUCACGGCACCUUAUCUCAUGUGUUUGAAGUGGCUGGUCCAGUGCUUCCUCACCACUCACUCAACAUUGCCAGCAUGCUAAGAGAAAGCCCAGACAUAACAAAGGCAGUGCUGUCCUACAGCACUCACAUGCCCAGUGUGGCGCUCAACACGCAGGCAGUGAACCAAGAGGAGAAAGAUAAACUGACUGUUGGAAUCAGGAAAUUAUUUGUUGACUACUCCAUGGCCAACCCUGGGUUGUUGGGAAAUGUCAAAGAAAGGCUUGUCCAACCACCUGUCUUGGGGAACUGUGAGGCUGUCAAAGAGAUGACUAUUUUACCUGAGGGUUUUCUGUGGACUUGUUAAACUGUUUCCAAUAGUACAAUCAUAUUGACCUCAUAUUUCAUGCACCAAGUUCACUGCUGUGAUAUAUUAUGAGAACCUCUUGUAGCUCAAGUUGCAAUGCUCUACCUGGACUUAAAGAUUUACUGUGAAUUAAUUUAAAUAUUAUGUAAUUUGGUUUGACUUGACUUGGGUUUGUUUUCUUAAUUUAUUGCCAGUUUUAAUGUGUAAUGAUUGCCUCAUGUAUUUUAACAAGUGUUUUAAGGGUCUCAGCAGAGUAAUUUAUUUUAAGGUUUUUCAAUUGAAAUUCUUUAUAUUACUUAUUAAGUACUUUAUAUUAUAAUAAAAUAAUAUUUGUUUAUAAUAUUAGAUUUAAGGUUGAAUUCUUAUGAGCUAGUCGGAUGAAUUAUAUACAAAGAUUUACUUUACAUUUAUAUUAGUCCUAUAGAGAAGAAUGUUUAAGUUGACCUGCUUAUCUUUUUAUUUUUGUUAAUGUUUACAUUUGAGUAGUUUUAAGAAACUAAAUGGGUUGCUAUUUGCCAUGUAGAAUAAAUUGUGUGGAAGAUUAAAUACUUUGUUUGUGUAAAUCAUUUUACUUCAUCUGGGAAUCUUAAAUUAUAGAGUAAGAUUUUUUUUAAUGCACAUUUCUUACACAAAAUAAUAAUUAACUCUUCAGCUAAAUGGUAAUCUACAAUAAAUACAAAUAGUUUUAAACAAUC